GCAGGCCUCAGUGAGCGCGUCGCCUGCGCCGCCCGUGCGGCCUGGCCAUGGCCGACCGCGGUUGCCUGCUGGAGGCGGCGCCGCUGCCCCCCGAGGUGCGCGAGAGCCUGGCAGAACUGGAGCUGGAGCUGUCGGAAGGUGACAUCACUCAAAAAGGAUAUGAAAAGAAAAGGGCGAAGCUGCUGGCACGAUAUAUUCCACUCAUUCAAGGAGUAGACCCAUACCUGCAAGCAGAGAAUCGACUGUCUGGGCCCUCCCUGACAACAGCUGCACCCAAACCACAGAAGUCCCGGCCCACCAACUCCAGGGACGAGCGCUUCCGGUCAGAUGUCCACACUGAGGCUGUGCAAGCAGCUUUGGCCAAAUACAAGGAGAGGAAGAUGCCUAUGCCUUCAAAAAGACGUUCUGUCCUUGUGCAUUCAUCUGUGGAGACCUACACCCCUCCAGACACGUCAUCUGCCUCAGAAGAUGAGGGCUCUUUACGGCGACCUGGGCGACUCACCUCCACUCCGCUCCAGAGCCAUCCUGGCAUUGAGCCCUGGCUCGACCGGGUCAUUCAGGGCUCGUCCACCUCAUCCUCUGCAUCCUCCACCUCAUCUCACCCGGGAGGGAGACCCAACGCUGCUCCCAGUGCCGCCACCACGCUCUCAGGCCUCGCGGCCCACGCCCACAUAGAUGUGCACUCUGCCCCUCCUGAUGUCACCACCGGCAUUGUGCAGCACUCGCACUGUGAGCGGCCUCAGGUGGCCUCGGUGAGAGGUGUCCCUCGAGGGUACAGUGGCAGCGUCCUGGAAACGGCAGGUGGUGUCCCUGUGAACAGCAGAGUGUCCUCCAAAAUCCAGCAGCUUUUAAAUACCCUGAAGAGGCCAAAGCGCCCUCCUCUGAAGGAGUUCUUCGUAGAUGAUUUUGAGGAAUUAUUGGAAGUUCAGCAACCGGAUCCAAAUCAGCCAAAGCCUGAGGGAAGUCAGAUGGUGGUGCUGAAAGGAGAGCCCUUGGCGGUGGGGACCUCCUGGCCCCCGUCGCUGCUGGCUGCGCUGCAGCGGUGGGGCACUACACAGCCCAAAGCCCCCUGUCUGACUGCGCUGGACACGGCAGGGAAGCCCGUCUACACUCUCACCUAUGGCAAACUUUGGAGUCGGAGUUUAAAACUGGCUUAUACUCUUCUUAACAAACUGACCAAUAAGAAUGAACCACUUCUUAUGCCCGGAGACAGAGUGGCACUCGUGUUUCCAAAUAAUGAUCCCGUGAUGUUCAUGGUUGCGUUUUAUGGGUGUCUCCUGGCGGAGCUGGUUCCUGUCCCCAUAGAAGUGCCGUUAACAAGAAAGGAUGCAGGCAGCCAGCAGGUCGGGUUUCUGCUGGGCAGCUGUGGCGUCGCCCUGGCCCUCACUACAGAUGCUUGUCAGAAGGGCCUCCCCAAAGCGCAGACAGGAGAGGUGGCGACUUUCAAAGGCUGGCCUCCCCUUGCCUGGCUUGUGAUUGACGGGAAGCAUCUGGCCAAGCCCCCCAAGGACUGGCACCCUCUGGCCCAAGACACACAGGCUGGGACCGCCUACAUUGAGUAUAAAACCAGCAAAGAAGGCAGCACAGUGGGUGUCACGGUGUCCCAUGCGUCUCUACUGGCGCAUUGCCGGGCACUGACCCAGGCAUGCGGAUAUUCAGAAGCUGAGACAUUAACAAAUGUGUUGGACUUCAAAAGGGAUGCUGGUCUGUGGCAUGGAGUGUUAACAAGUGUCAUGAAUAGGAUGCACGUGGUCAGCAUCCCGUAUGCACUGAUGAAGGUCAAUCCACUCUCCUGGAUUCAGAAAGUGUGUUCCUACAAAGCCCGAGCCGCACUGGUGAAGUCUCGUGACAUGCACUGGUCACUCCUGGCUCAGCGAGGCCAGAGGGACGUCAGUCUCAGCUCCCUGCGCAUGCUGAUUGUGGCCGAUGGCGCCAACCCAUGGUCUAUAUCUUCCUGUGAUGCCUUCCUCAAUGUGUUCCAGUGCAGAGGCCUGAGGCCAGAGGCCAUCUGCCCUUGUGCCUGUUCUCCUGAGGGCCUGACGGUUGCCAUCCGCAGACCACCUGACCUGGGAGGACCUCCUCCAAGAAAAGCUGUCCUGUCAAUGAGUGGCCUGAGCUACGGUGUGAUCAGAGUUGACACUGAAGAGAAGUUGUCAGUCCUGACUGUUCAGGAUGUUGGCCAGGUGAUGCCUGGAGCUAGUGUGUGUGUUGUGAAGAUAGAAGGUACCCCUUAUCUUUGUAAAACUGAUGAAGUUGGAGAAAUUUGUGUGAAUUCCAGUGCAACUGGGACAGCAUACUAUGGGUUGCUUGGAAUCACCAAAAAUGUAUUUGAGACUGUUCCAGUCACUGCAGGAGGAGUCCCUGUCUCUGAGAGGCCUUUCACCAGGACAGGCCUGCUGGGCUUCAUCGGGCCUGAUAACCUGAUCUUCAUCGUGGGCAAACUGGAUGGGCUGAUGAUUGUGGGAGUGCGCAGACAUAAUGCAGAUGAUGUGGUGGCCACUGCCCUGGCCGUGGAGCCCAUGAAGUUUGUCUACAGAGGCAGGAUCGCUGUGUUCUCUGUGACUGUACUGCAUGAUGACCGGAUUGUCCUUGUAGCAGAGCAGCGGCCUGAUGCCUCAGAGGAGGACAGCUUCCAAUGGAUGAGCCGUGUACUACAGGCCAUCGACAGCAUUCACCAGGUGGGCGUGUACUGUCUGGCCCUGGUUCCGGCCAACACCUUGCCCAAGGCUCCUCUUGGAGGGAUUCAUGUUUCAGAAACCAAACAGCGCUUCCUGGAAGGGACCCUGCAUCCAUGUAAUGUGCUGAUGUGCCCACACACCUGUGUCACCAACCUUCCCAAACCUCGUCAGAAGCAACCAGAGGUUGGACCAGCCUCAAUGGUCGUUGGGAACCUGGUUGCUGGAAAGAGAAUUGCACAGGCCUCUGGGAGAGAGCUGGCCCACCUGGAGGACAGUGACCAGGCACGGAAGUUCUUGUUCCUGGCGGAUGUGUUGCAGUGGCGGGCACACACUACCCCUGACCAUGCGCUGUUCCUGCUGCUGAAUGCCAAGGGCACGGUCACCAGCACUGCCACCUGUGUCCAGCUGCACAAAAGGGCUGAGCGGGUGGCUGCCGCUCUGAUAGAGAAGGGCAGACUGGAUGCUGGGGACCACGUAGCUUUGGUCUAUCCCCCAGGGGUGGACCUCAUCGCCGCCUUCUAUGGCUGCCUGUACUGCGGCUGUGUGCCUGUCACUGUGCGGCCCCCACACCCCCAGAACCUCAGCACCACACUGCCCACCGUUAAGAUGAUCGUGGAGGUCAGCAAGUCUGCAUGUGUCCUCACCACGCUGGCCAUCACAAGGUUGCUCAAGUCCAAAGAGGCAGCUGCUGCUGUGGACAUCAGGACCUGGCCAACCAUUCUUGACACAGAUGACAUACCAAAAAAGAAGCUGGCCAGCAUUUUCAGACCAUCCUCCCCAGAUGUGCUCGCAUACUUGGACUUCAGUGUGUCGACCACUGGGAUAUUAGCGGGAGUGAAGAUGUCGCAUUCGGCCACCAGUGCCUUGUGUCGCUCCAUAAAGCUGCAGUGUGAGUUGUACCCCUCUCGGCAGAUCGCCAUCUGCCUGGACCCCUACUGUGGCCUCGGCUUUGCCCUGUGGUGUCUGUGUAGUGUCUACUCAGGACACCAGUCAGUGCUGGUGCCCCCACUGGAGCUGGAGAGCAACGUGUCCCUGUGGCUGUCGGCCGUCAGCCAGUACAAGGCCCGAGUCACCUUCUGCUCUUACUCAGUGAUGGAGAUGUGCACCAAAGGCCUGGGCUCGCAGACGGGUGCCCUCAGGAUGAAGGGUGUGAACUUGUCGUGUGUGCGCACAUGCAUGGUGGUGGCAGAGGAGCGGCCCCGAAUCGCACUGACGCAGUCCUUCUCCAAGCUAUUCAAGGACCUGGGCCUCCCUGCGCGUGCUGUGAGCACCACCUUCGGAUGCAGGGUCAAUGUGGCCAUCUGCCUCCAGGGCACAGCUGGCCCGGACCCCACAACUGUCUACGUGGACAUGCGGGCACUGCGCCAUGACAGGGUACGUUUGGUGGAACGGGGUUCUCCACAUAGUCUGCCGCUGAUGGAGUCUGGAAAGAUCCUCCCUGGGGUGAAGGUCAUCAUCGCACACACUGAAACCAAAGGGCCCCUUGGAGACUCACACUUGGGUGAGAUCUGGGUGAGCAGCCCCCACAAUGCUACUGGGUACUAUACGGUCUAUGGGGAGGAGGCACUUCAUGCUGACCACUUCAGUGCCCGGCUGAGCUUUGGAGACACCCAGACUGUUUGGGCAAGGACUGGCUACCUUGGCUUCCUUCGAAGGACAGAGCUCACUGAUGCCAGUGGAGAGCGACACGACGCGCUGUAUGUUGUUGGGUCUCUGGACGAGACGCUUGAGCUGAGAGGCAUGCGGUACCACCCCAUCGACAUUGAGACAUCUGUGAUCCGAGCUCACAGGAGCAUCGCAGAGUGUGCUGUGUUCACCUGGACCAAUCUGCUGGUGGUGGUGGUGGAGCUGGAUGGUCUGGAGCAGGAUGCCCUGGAUCUGGUGGCACUAGUGACCAAUGUGGUGUUGGAGGAGCACUACCUAGUGGUAGGCGUGGUGGUCAUCGUGGAUCCGGGCGUGAUCCCUAUCAAUUCCCGGGGAGAGAAGCAGCGCAUGCACCUGAGGGACGGUUUCUUGGCCGAUCAGCUGGACCCAAUCUAUGUGGCCUACAAUAUGUGAGCCCCGUGCAGCGGAGCCUAUGGAGGGAGCGAGAGAAGGUGUGAGGCCAGGAGAUGUGGUGUCCCCACCCCUGGAAGAAAGGCGUCCGAUCUUAUUAAGGGUUUCCUCCUUCCUGUGCUUUUACUGAUCCCUCUCAACAGUUCUUCGGCUCCCAUUUUAGAAAACACUUCACACAACUAAAGAAAUAUUUUGGAUCUGCCAAGUACAUUUACAGAAAUAUGAAAGCCAGCAUUUUUUUUAACAAGCAGGAGCUUGAUUGAUUAUAUUUUAUUUUUAUCAUGGUUCUGGGGAUUGAACCCAGAGCCUAGUGCAUGCCAGGCAAGCGCCUACCACUGAGCGACAUGCCCAGCCCUGGAGUGACUGGGAAGAAGAAGAAAGACCUGGUGUGACCUCUUGAGAAGUCACAGAUACCGCAGUUGUUCUCUCCCGUACCGCAAGUUCGCAUUUUUUAAGGCUAAAAAUGACGUUCUUGGUUUCUAAAAUUCAAUUAUUUAUUCCCACCUCAAAUGGCAAGUUUAUGUAUGGAAUUUAUCAUAGACAGGACCUAGAAGCCUCAAGCACAGCUGCCUCCUCUGUUGCACGGGGCAGAGCCAAGCUCAGUAAGACCGGGAAUUAGAGCCCUGCCCUCCCUCCUCUCGCAGUGUGGCUGAGCACAGUGCUGCUUCUUUGCCAGUUCUAUUAUUGAGACAGAUGUGCCAGUUGUCUACAUAUUUUGUCAGAAACACUUAGUGCCAUUUUGGACUGUCAAGUUAGAGGCUUUGUUUCAAAAAGAUAAACUAGCAUCUAGUUUUAAAUCACUCUCCUGCUUAGUUAAAUUGCUACUUUUCAUAACAUUACAGCAUUCUUCUCAUGAAAGUAUACUGAAUGAUUUUGUCCCAGGUCAACAGAUGUGGAAGCACUGGUCCAGGGUUUCCCGACCACCGUGCUGUCCUUGCAUCCCAUAUAGUUGUGGGGGCAGAGGCAGGGAGCCACUGUCCUGUGUUGAUGGUGGAGAUGGUAUCACUCACUCCUCACUGGCUUUUGCAUUUUGAAUUGUGUGCCUAUAAAAUUUGGCAAUCCAUUUUUAGUUAUUUUAUUCAAACUUGACUAAACUAAGUUACCUACUAUUAUACAGAAGUGAAAUUAGAGAAUGUAAAAUCCUUUGGAUACUUCUGAGAAAUUGAAGUCAAGCAUGAAUCUAAAACAGAUUAUUUUUAUAUAGCUAAUUAAGAGUAUGUUAUGAAGUUCUUGGGUUUUUGGGACAUUGAUGGUGGGAAAGGUUAUAAAUCAUGCAUGCUUCACAGAAAACAGCCAGGUUUCUCUGGAAUUAGCCUGGAUCAGUGCCUAUCAUAGCUGUUAGUUCACAGCAGGUCUGGCCAGCUGGGCCAACUCCUAUCUUACCCUGGUUUGGCUACAGAUAGCACUGUGUGCAGUAGCCCUGUUUGUCCAUGGCAUUAGACUGUGGUGUAGUAUGUUGAACAGGCUGAAAUUCUAAUAAUCCUGUUGUAAUUAUGUACAGAAUCCAUGUAACAUAUUGUUUGGCAUACAGAGAUUUUCACAGUGGACUAAUGGACAUUCUUUACAAUAGAGUGGCUGAGAAGAAAACAGAACUACCUAACCCCCGGUCUUCUACCUAACCCCAAUCUUCACGUUGUAGUUUUUUUAGUGAACAAAAAUUGUAAACUUUUUAUAUUGAAGGGUCAGUGGAAGUAAGACACUAUCUGGUAAAUUAAGAUUUUAGGAAGUGUACUAAAAUGUAUUGAAAUUAUUCUCUGGGAAUUAUGUCUAUCACACUAAAAUAUUUUAUAUCAUUAUAUUAAUAAAAGUUAUUGACUGUUUGUAAUCCUGCAUUUUGAAAUGUGUGAAAGGUUUUAAAAAUUACUCCAAAUAAGAUGUCUUUUAAUUAUUUCUUUCAGACUAUAAAAGCAGUUAUGCUUAUAGCAUAAAAUCUAGAAAGCACAUUAAAGUGUAAGGAAGAAAGUAAAAAGCCUAUAAUCUUAUCUCUAAUAACAGCAUUAAUAUUGACAUAAAUAUUCUCAGGGAUUUACUUUUUCCUUUAAAAUUUUUUUUUACAAAAUUAGGAUCAUAUACAUAUUUUAUAACCUGCUUUUGUACUCAAUAAAUUGCAGACUGUUAAAGUUGUUACAUAUACUCUUUACAUGUGUUAAUGACUCCACCUGCAGGUAUGCCUCGACUCUUGCCAUACACCAGUGUUAUUUCAGCAUCAUCUGGUGGACAUCCUCUUAGAUGUAUUUUUUUCACUUCCAGACUACAACGACCACCUUGGGCUCUGUUCUCACACCUGUGUGGAUGGGUCAGUCUGUGCCAAGGGUUUUGGGUUCCCACUGUCCUCAAGAAGGCAGUGUGGAAGAGGCCUCUUUCAGUAGUGCUGGCAAUGAACUUUUGUUCAGGAUUAAAGUUAGAUGCUGAAUUGUUUUCAUGUAUUUCUCAUGACCAUUUUUAUUUCUAACUAGAUGCGUUCUGUUCAGAUUUGGCAGUUCUUAUGCUCAAGUUUUUGUUUUGUUUUGCUUUACUGAUUUGUAGAAGCUAUUUUAUACUAAGAAUAUAAAAAAUAGUGCAUAUUUUU